CUCUCAGUUAGGGGGCGUGUGUUUAACUAGUACAGGAAGGGAUCACGUUAGUCCAGCUACCCGACGGACAACGAUAAAUAAUCAUUUUAACUUAAGACAAACUGGGUGUGAAAAUAAUAUAGUGACCCAAAUCCACGGUUAAUCAUUGAGAAGGCAAAACAGUGGCUGCAUGAACAAGCCAACUAAGUUAACCUUAGUCCUGCAGACAUUGUCCGACGGAGCAAAGCCCACAACGGGACAUUAGGACAUUGUCAUCUGACAAAGGAUGACUGAAGCCCUCGUGAAAGACUAAGCAAACACAGAUCUAAUCUAAGUGUCACCCAUGCAUGCAUACAAGGAUUAAAGCAGCUCAAGGACAUGUUUGAGAAUUUCAGAGAGAAACUGCAAACGGUGCAGCAGGACUUCACUUCAGGAAUCAAGACCCUAAGUGACAAAUCCAAGGAGUCGAAAGUGAAGAAGAAACAAAGUAUAUAUUUUGCCAGAAGAGAUGAAAACUUUCCACAAUAUUCUGCUGGAGUCGAGUUGCUCAGUCGAUAUGAAGACACUUGGGUGGCUCUUCAUAAACGGGCUAAAGAGUGUGCUAAGGCAGGGGAAACGGUGGACGGGGAAGUCGUGAUGCUGUGUGCACACUGGGAGAAGAGACGAGGAGCAGUGCUGGAGCUGCAGGAACAGCUGCAGCAGAUCCCUGCUUUCCUCUCAGACCUGGAGACUAUCACCUCACGCAUCGCUCAUCUGGAGGCUGACUUUGAGGAGAUGGAGAGUCGUCUGCUGUAUCUGGAGGAUUUGUGUGCUCAGUGUGAGCAUCAGCGCUCCAAGCACUUUCAGAUCCUGCAGCUGGAAAACUAUAAGAAGAAAAAAAGGAAAGAGCUUGAGUCUUUCAAAGCGGAGCUCGAUGCAGAACAUGCCCAGAAAGUGCUGGAGAUGGAGCAUGCGCAGCAGGUCAAGCUAAAGGAGCGGCAGAAGUACUUUGAAGAGGCGUUUCAGCAAGACAUGGAGCAGUACCUCUCCUCAGGAUACCUCCAGAUCACCGACAGGAGAGAUCCAUUAGGCAGUAUGUCCUCAAUGGAGGUGAAUGUUGACCUCCUGGAACAGAUGGAUCUCACGGAUGUGUCCGAUCAUGAGGCUCUCGAUGUCUUCCUCAGCUCCGUAGGGGAAGAGAGCAGCGCUCAGUCUCCUGACACAGCAGGCGGUCCGGCUCUGGAGCCUGGCUCGUCCCCCUCAGAGAUCAGCCUGAAGGUGCCCUCACAGACAGAGCUACGGCACACCGUCUCCUCCGUCUCAUCCUCCUGCACUGACACCGUCAGCGGCGUAACCGAGGGUCCGGAUGAAGAGGAGGCCAGCGAGGAAAGCUGCAGCGGAGACUCUCCACUGGUCCAGUCAGAUGAGGAGGAGGUACAUGCUGACACAGCCCUCAUGGGCCUCCCAGAAACAGAGCCGCUCAAAAGCUCAGACGACAGCGACACGCAGGCCCCCUAGUGGCCACGGAUGGCAAACGCACUCGUUUGAGUUGCUUUCUGGAUGAAAACCUGUUUUACAUCAAGGCCCAGACAAGAAGUAGUGCUGAAGACCAGCCAGAUGUUUCUUCAUGGCUCAAUGGGACACUUUGAGUUGAUUUUGGACCCUUAUAGAACACUGUUUGUGCUCAGCCUAGAGAGCCCCUCUUUCUGACUCUUAGCACUGUGAUUUAUUGUUUUAUUCUUUCUCAAUACAAAAAAUCAGCUCCGUGUAUGACAAUUCUUCGUAUUACCUAUUGCUUCAGAAUUAUAUAAUAAUAAACAUUUUACAGUGUUCCUGCUAAUAUCACUGAUGUACGUUGCAUGAAUUUUAAAUGCAGAGCUCAUUUUUGCAUAUGACAUUAUUGAGCCGAUUGAAAGACUUUGAAGUAAAAUAAAUAAACCUUGAAAUAAGAGGGUCAUCAAAGACAGUCUCAGUGUAGAACUGAUAUUUCAUAUCAUAGUGAUCUAAGGCAAAUAUCUUCCACCAACGAUUUCACAGAGUCUCUGAUAUAAAAAUAGCCGGGAACAUUGGGACCAUCUGUGGUCACAGAAUUUACAGGCUCCCCGUACAGCAAGCUGUUGCUCUCAAACCCUGUUACCUCUGGAGAAGAAUAGUUCUCACGGUACCUGCAGUGACAUGAACACAGCGAGAACGAGGGUUUCAAAGUCUGACUAUAUGGGUUUUGAUAAGAAAUGACUUCAAGAACAAGGGAUAAUGGGUUAGUAUUAGUCUAUACUAAAUAUUCAAAUCAACAGCCAGUAAUAUUAAUGUACCUGCGCUAACAUGAACUUACAAUGAACAGUUAGAUCUGUUAUCAACACAUACCAGCUUUUUAAUUGUACAUGCUCAUUUCCCAUUUUUACAUUUAGAUUACAUUUGCCAUGUUCAAAAUUCAUCUUUAAAAACGCUAUUAACAUUGUUAAAUGUAAUCUUUUGAAUAAACAUUUUUCAUACUGUACAGUUUAA